AUGUUCUCGCAAUGGAGGAGCAAGCGCCACUUUCCCAUGGACACCGCCCAGUCGGCUGCUCCGAGCACAUCCCAGCUUGGCUCGGCCACCGAAGCCGACUCGGCACGUCCGACGGUGGCAAAGGCGUUCGGAAGAGCCGGGAUGGCGGCCAAGUUUCGUCCGAGCACCCGCGAAGGCGCCACGGGCUCGCGAUCGCCCAUGAGCUUUGCGGCCGGCCCGCGAUCCAACAGCAGAGGCGCCAACAGCCUCGAGUUCGGAGGAGGCGUAGUGCCGGACGACGAUCCGCACUCGGACCUUUCGUCGGAUGCAGACCGGGACGACUCGGCCAAGCACACGCAGCACUCGCGCCUCGCGUCCAUCGGCUCGCUCGGCAGCUUCGAAGACUUUCGCUCCAUCAUCGCCUUUUCGUCCGCAUCCAAUCCGCUCGACGAGAGUCCAGCGCUCACCAACUCGACGAGCUACUCUAGCCCAGACUUUGCCUCGAUCGCGCCAGUCGCCAAGAACAAGCCUCAGCCCCCUCUGCCUCCGCCUCCUCUCGUCACAAAGCCCCAGCUGGGCGUGGCUGCCGCUGCUGCUGCACCGCGAUCGCCUAGGAAACCUGUGCCGACUUUGAACGGGCCCGCCGCCGACGAGCACGCGCAUCUCAGACCGCAGUCGACCGGCGUCCAGAGACGCUCCGCCGCCCCGAGCGUGCCCGAGAGCGUCUCGCAGCCAGGAUCGUCGCAGCUCGCAAGCGAGGAGUUCCACUCCAACGCACACAGGAUGUCGAGCACCGAUGCGCUGCGCAAGCUCGAAGACAGCAUCCGCGACGGUCCGGGCAGGCAGGCCACGUUUGGACUCGGCAUCGUGUCGCACGAAGAUGCAGGCGGAGCCGCGCGCAGACACACAAAGACCAGCAGCGACAUGUCCGGGCACAGCUCCGGCGACAGCUGGGGGCGUACCUCGUUUGGUCGAGACCCGCUGCGCCUGCUCGCCGACUCGGACGCCAAUGCCGACGGCCCGGCACGCGCCGCCUCGCUCGCGUCGAGCAAGACCCAAAAGACCCAAGUGAGCGACAGCGGGCAUAGCACCAACACCGCAGAGACCAGCACCGACAUUCACGACUCGGACCAGCUUUCGACCAUCAAGGAACGCACAGAGUCGCCCGAGUCGGUGCUUAAGCGACAGAUCUCGAUGGACUCGGGAUUCAGCCGGUCGGUCAACGCCGAGUUGUCGGAUGCGAGGACUUCGAGAGCUUCCGGCUCGUCGACGGGCUCGGAAUUGCACAGUGCAGCACCGCAGAAUGCGCCACGCCGCGAUGGGGCGAGAGGAGACAAGGGUGUGAGCGCCUCUUUGCAGGCUCAGUCUGCAGUCAAUGGCAUCGGCUCGCCAACGUUUGGAUUCCGUCAGCGACACACUUCGCAUUCGUCGGCGGUCAACGAGCUGCUGCCGCCGUUGGAGCUCGAGGCGGCCGAGUUCAAGCCGCAUUCCAGGUCGGCAUCGACGGCGUCGAGCAGCAAGUCGACCAAGUCGCGCCUGGUGCCCGCCGAGCCGGCCAUUGUGGGACUGCGGAGGGGCUCGGCUGGUGUCGUCUCUCAGGCGGGUGCGGCGACGCGCUCGGUCGCAGAGCCCUACACCGCACCGCUGCCGAGCAUGCCUUUCCCAACAUCGACGUCAACGCCCAUCUUCCACGCCAGCUUUGCACGCACAGCCGCGCAGGCGUCCGAGCCCAACACGCCCAAUCUGGCAUACGACGCUGCACUGGCCAAGGCAGUGGGCAAGGAACGCAAGAUGCGCCCCACCGCGCUCGUGCUCAAUCACACGGCGCUGGCCGCCAUGUCGCCGCUCUCGCCGAGUGGCGUGGGCUUCAAGGGCUUAGCGAGUCCGGGCAAGCCGCGUGCACCGCCCCCCUCGGCACCACCGACUGAACCGCUCCCGCCGAUUCCCAAUACGCCGUGCGUGGGCAGUAAGAGUCCGCAUCCGCUCCAGCGCAGUGGGCCCUGGGGGCACGAGGCGGGUGAUGAGGAUUCGGACCCGGAUCCGCUCAAUACGCCCAAGGGCGUGCGAUCGCCCGAGACCGCCCAGACUGCACUUGAUCGCGCCGACAAUGCUGGAGCAGAGACGGCGGUGCAGGAUCGCUCAACGACCGCCGAGCAGGAGCCGAAGGCGGCGAUGGAGGGUGCGGGUACAGCGACGGUAGCGGUGGCACAGGUGGCUACGAGGGUCUCGCCUCAGCCCGUGCGAAGGCCGUCGAAGGCGGGCGGGAGCGAUGCGGCGCAGGCGCAGGCGCUGCAGGACGCGACUGGCUCGAGUCCAAACGCACACGCCACCGCUGCAGCCACACCUUCGACCAGCACCCCAACACCAGCAGAGCAAGAGGAGAGCUUGGCUGAAGACAUGGAGCGCAGGACUCCUCUGCCAUCGCAGACGCCGACGCAAGGACGACGGGCAGCCACGACGGAGAAGCCGGUGCGCGCGGCGGCACCGCCUCCGAGCGCGUGGCCAGCUCGAAGGACCACCUCGGCGGCGACGCCGACGGCUACAGGCUCUGGGCUCGAUUCAAAGGCAGCAUCCGAGGCGGGUCACGCUCGACUCGAGGAGCGAGCUGGCGCCGAGAGCGUUGCGAGCUGCCACUCGACGUUCAGCACGAUCAGCGACCGGCGGCGCGAGAUCCUGCACGAUCGGGAGGUGCUGCUCAAGCAGCUGGGCGAGUCGGAGCGGCAAGAUCUGCUGCGGCGCACCGAGGGGCGGUUUGCGGGUGCGUUCAACGAGGUGGCGCAGGCGUUCCGGCAGCUGCAGGCGGACAAGGUGCUGCUGGAGCAGAUUGUGCGCGAAAAGACACCGCUGAGCGGGGUCGGGGUGAACAACGAGAUGCUCGCCAGCUAUCUCGGCACGAUGAACGCCAAGGUGGAGCAGAGCCAUGGCGAGAUCCGCAAGCUGCUGGAUCUGCUCGAGCAGCAGCGCGAGGUGAUCGAGCAGAUGCUCGCGACGCACCAGUUGGAGAGGGAGACGUACGAGGAGGAUGUGGAGCGGUUAAGGGGGGCGUUGGGCGAGGCGCAGGAGGAGGUGGAGAGGCAGCAGACGGCGAUGGUACGGUUGAAUGAGGAGUUGGCGAGGGCGCAUGCGGCGACGGUGCAGGCGAAUGCCGACGCGAUGCGGUCGCGCGCGACGCUGGUCGAGGAGGCGCGCAAGCGCGACAAGGUGGUGCAGCUGUUGAGGCACGCCAAGGAAAGGCUGCGCGAGGUCGAGACCGAGACGCUUGCGCCGCAGAACGAGCGCAGCCACGAGGGUGUGGUGCGUGACGAGGCGGCCGAGAGCGAGGUGGCUAUGCUGCGGAGGAUGCUCGAGGAGCGCGAUGGCGAGAUUGCAGCGUUGCGGUUGGGACAUGCGGACGCGGUGAUGCAGGAGGCCGACGACGCAUCGGUGGAAGAGGGCGAGCCACAGAAUGGGGCCGAGGAGAUCGAGCGGCUGCGUGCGCAGGUGGCGGAUCAGAAGGAGCGCGAGAAGCAGAUCCGCGCCGCGUACGUGUACGUGCGCGACGAGCUGCGCAAAGCCAAUCUCGAGCGUCGAAGGUCCUCGGCCAGCAGCAUCGCGACGCCGCCUAGUAGCGCGCAGAGGGCGAGACGCUCCCCGCUGGACAAGGCCGAGCCGGAGGAGGGAGCUACGCCGGUCAAGCUCAAGAGGCUUAGUUUGCCGGUGGUCGCUAGGGUCGAGGUGGGGCAGCAGCGACAGGUGGGGCUCGCGAGGCAUGUCAAUUGGACGCCGCCAGCGUAG